CCUACUUUCGUUUCUCGAAACGUAGUUGUCCAUUUGUAAAACAAAGAACAGAGACAUUGUUUAUAAUAUGAAAGAGGAAGACAGUCUAAGUAAUAAUGCUGAGCUACUGUUAACCAAAAGAGAUAAUUUUUCAUCAGUGAUGUUUCCAGCAGUUUGUCACCAAUUUGUCAAUGCCAUGGGCAAGGACACUCUUAUUCCAUCCUCCAGUUUAGAAGAGUCCACGAGAAUUUCACCUUUUAAUGUUGUGGCAAAGAGACGAAAACGAAGAUGGAUAUUCUUCCACAAAAUUGAGUAUUCAACGUAUGACUUUCCACUUUAUGACCUUCUCAACAGCAAUGCUGUGUUUGAGUCAAAACUGGAGGAGACAGCAUUCUGCUCUUACAACCCAGAGAGCACUUACUCACUUAGUGGUAAAUUUGGAGUAGACAUCAUGAAAGACUUGAUGGAUGCCAAUCUAAGUGCUAGCGAUAAAGUUACUAUCAGCGCCAAACUUGGAGAAGUGAACUUGGUACAGGUGGCUGAUCCAGAUAAUUUUAUGAGUGAACUCAUGACAAGGAAACUUAACAUGAACCAUCCAUUAGUGAAGCAGAUUCGUAAAUCAAAAGAUACCGUUCUGUGUGUAAUCAGAGGUGUUAUACAGACAACAGAUAAUGCAGAGAUCAAACGUAUUCAAGAUAAAGAUCUGAAAGAAACAAUGAGUGAAAAGUGUCAACAGAUUAAGCAAGUUACAAAAGAGGGAGGUAAUGAAAGUGGCGAAUUCUCUGAGAACAUGAAAAAAGAUAUCACACUAGAAAAAGGAACAACACUGGCCUACAAAGUCUGGGAACUGAAAAUAAAUGCUGAGAAUGGUGCAAUAGAACCCAUCAUGACAGCAGAAUUAGAGGGAGGAUUUCAUCACUCAACCAUGGAUGAUAUAAAUACUGAUGGUGAUGAGUCUUCUACGAGCCCAACAGAACAAGAAGAAACCUCUGUACUCCAACAUCUAGAGGAGCAACUGCAGCCUUUAUUUGACCUCCCUGAAGCUGAAGGUCAACUGUUGAAAUUGUCUUUACUCAAACUCAUGACAUGUCAUAGUGAUGUUGUCCUGCUUUCCAAACUGCUUGUCCAAGCAGAAACAGGUACCUUAAAAGAAGAGAAAGAAAAAUAUAAUGAGCUAAUUGUCAAUAAAGCUGAAACAUGGACAGUGGCUACAUCUGCAGGGAUUAAAACUGAGGGGGAGAAUUUAGUAUAUGAAGGGGAGAUAACUCCAAUCUUAGCUGCUGUUGCUCACCUGGUGGAUGCCAUGCAUGAUGUGGAAACACAAGAUCUUGAGAAACUUUGUCAGUGUAAUGAAGAUCAGCUAAAAGCAUUAACAAAAAUUUUUAAGAGUGCAGUAUCUAGCAGUAUGCCGAUACCUCUAGACACAGAAACUUCUCCAGCAGUAGAGGAUCCUGCAGAUGGUAUUCUCUCCGACAUGAAACUCACAGUUUAUAAAGACAAUGGAACUAUACUACCACCAGAGACAAAGACACAUAUCCAUGAGUGUAUCUACUGUAUUCUUCACUGUGUCUCUUAAAAUGUAUCAUGGGCGCUUAGAACAUGAAUGUGGCUAUAUUACUUACAAAGACAACUUUAUAA